AUGACUACAACCAUGAUUACAACCAUGAUAACAACCAUGACCUACAACCAUGACUACAACCAUGAUUACAACCAUGACUACAACCAUGAUUACAACCAUGAUUACAACCAUGACUACAACCAUGAUUACAACCAUGACUACAACCAUGAUUACAACCAUGAUUACAACCAUGAUUACAACCAUGACUACAACCAUGAUUACAACCAUGACUACAACCAUGACUACAACCAUGAUUACAACCAUGAUUACAACCAUGACUACAAUCAUGAUUACAACCAUGACUACAAUCAUGACUACAACCAUGAUUACAACCAUGACUACAACCAUGAUUACAACCAUGAUUACAACCAUGACUACAAUCAUGAUUACAACCAUGAUUACAACCAUGACUACAAUCAUGAUUACAACCAUGAAUACAAUCAUGAUUGCAUCCAUGAUUACAACCAUGGCUACAAGCAUGAUUACAACCAUGGCUAUAAGCAUGGCUACAACCAUGACUACAAUCAUGAUUACAACCAUGACUACAACCAUGACUACAACAUGUUUUUUGGCAGAAAAAAACCCAACUUCAUUUGA